AUGGCGUCAGGGGGAGAAGAGCUUAACAGUCCUGGCUUCCACUGCAGAAACAACUCCACGCUGUGCAGUGUCUCAGGGACAGUGCCUGCCCCGCCACCUGAGAGCCCCUCUGAGAGCAGAGCCUGGUCUCGGGCCUAUCAACGGGUAAAGCCAAUCUGGAAGUUGGAGAGGAAGCAUGCUAGCCAAUUACCCACAGGGCUGCGCCCACGCCUCCUACGGGUCUCACCUCGGGCAGCACGUUUCUCUUGCUCCAGAUCUUUAAGUAGCUCUGGCAGCACAAGUGGCAUCACAGACCAUGACAACUCCAAUUACUUAGGCUCUCUCCCAGGCCUGUUCAGCAGUGCCCUGCUUUACCAGCAAUCUGACAAUACACACAAGACGUUGCACCAAUCAAGGUCUUUCCGCGUGCAUUCGAACACAUCAGAUAAAAGACCCUUUUCGGUCCCUCAGAAGAGGAUCCCUGCCAGUGCCAAUUACAAUAAAGCCACUUCUUCCACCGUCUUCCCCACAGUCCCGUCCACAGAUCCAUGCCUGUCAUUGCAAACAUCUGGAAGAAAACCUUUCAGAAGGAGCCUGACUCCUGCCAUCCCGAGCCGGAUCCCAUCUCCAUUGUCCCUCUCAAAGUCUACAUUGAACAGCAAUAUCUUCAUGAAACCAAACGUCGUUAAAGUGCCUUUCUCUGAGGACACAGGGAGCUUAAAGCCAGUAUCCUCAGCCAAGACUCACCGAGUGUUCUUACAUCAUUUGGGGAUUACUGGAAACUGUGCAGCCCCAGUCUUUAACCAUAAGAUGCCCAAGUGCAUUCGCACAGUCAUAGAUGAUGCUACUGCCCGUAUUACCCUGCCUACCCCUGCCUCCUUCACCACAUCCACCAUCAGCGUUGCUCCUUCCCAGUACAACCAGAAAAACUUAGGCACAAGAGCAGAGCCAAGGCCCUGGAAACUGGAUGAUAACUCCAAUUCCCAGGCUCUACAAAAAGAGCCUCAGUUCACCGAGACUGUGAGGAAGUUGGCUGCAAAGGACACUGAGAAGAAACCACAGCAAGGGUGCCAGCCUGGACAGGCUUCUUUUGGAAAUUCUAGCUUCCAGUGGAGCCUCCUCACCAGGAGCAGACGGUGGAAGCCUCCUUUGGUAUGCCAGCAAGUUUCUCAGCAGAAUGCUGGAUCAGACAAGAAGAUCUUCCCUGGAGCCUCAGAUACUGCAGGAUUGGACAGUAUAACACAUUGUACCAAGAGGAGCAACAUUCACCUCGUUGCAUCACACACCAACAGGCUUAACCCCAGCCCUGCCUGUGGAUCUGUAUUUGACCCCCUACCAGUUAGAGAAGACAGAGCUCCCAUUCUUCCUAUUCUCCCUUCUUCCCAUCAGCUAGCUGGUAGAGCUGAAGUGGCCACUGGCUUGGCUUCCAUUCAUCUAGGCCAGACCAGGAAGGAAGAACGUGAGGAAAAUACACCACUGGACUUACCUGCUGUUCGUUUGGAUAACCACUGUCAGCCAAACCAGACAGAGGCUGAGGAUACAGAAGAGCUAGUAGAUGAAUUGGAAGUCAGCUCCUGCCAUGAUGAGAAUGAAAAGGAGGAGGGAGAUGAGCGCUCACCAUUAAAUUCUGAAUCCCCCAAAGAGUUGAUGGCAGCAAUCUCUCACUACAGCAAGGACAUUGAGACCAAAGCCAUUUCCAAUCCUGAGAAAGCUGCACGACCAGCGCUCACAUCUAGCCUCUUUUUCAAUGUUCCCCCUACUAUUUAUUUUGGUACUCAGAAUGAGAGAGUGGAGAAACUUCCCUGGCAUCAGAGGAAGCUUCUACGAUGGAAGAUGAGUGUAGUGACCCCCAGCAUUGUCAAGCAGACCAUUGAGCGGUCCCAUUUCUCAAUUAGCAAUAGAAAUGAUGAUUGGCUGGGCUGCUGGGGUCGCCACAUGAAGUGUACUGGUUUCCGAACCAUUCGAGACCAUCAGAAGUUCAACCAUUUCCCGGGCUCAUUCCAGAUUGGGCGAAAAGAUCAGUUAUGGUGCAACUUAUCUCGAAUGCAGAACCGCUUUGGCAAGAAAGAAUUCAGUUUCUUUCCCCAGUCUUUCAUUCUACCUCAGGACUCAAAGGCCCUACACAAAAUCUGGGAGAACAAUACUUGCCAAAAGUGGAUUGUAAAGCCACCAGCAUCAGCUCGAGGCGUUGGUAUUCAGGUGAUCCACCAGUGGAGUCAGCUUCCCAAACGCAGGCCCCUCCUGGUACAGAGGUAUCUACACAAACCGUACCUCAUCAACGGCAGAAAGUUCGAUCUGCGGAUCUAUGUUUACGUCACUUCUUAUGAUCCUCUACGGAUUUACCUCUUUUCAGAUGGACUUGCCCGCUUUGCCAGUUGCAAGUAUUCCUCUUCUCUGAAGAGCCUUGGCAACAAGUACAUGCAUCUGACCAACUAUAGCAUCAAUAGAAGGAAUACUGAGUACCAGGCCAAUGCAGAUGAAACAGCCUGCCAGGGCCACAAAUGGGCACUGAAAGCAUUGUGGAAAUACCUAAACCAGAAGGGAAUCAGGAGUGAUGCCAUUUGGAAGAAGAUAAAGGACAUUGUCAUAAAAACCAUCAUCUCAUCAGAACCUUAUGUGACCAACCUGCUCAAGAUAUAUGUCCGGCGAUCCUACAACUGCCACGAGCUGUUCGGUUUUGACAUUAUGCUAGAUGAGAACCUCAAGCCCUGGGUGUUGGAAGUCAACAUUUCACCCAGCCUCCACUCCAACUCUGCACUGGACAUCAGCAUCAAAGGCCAGAUGAUCCGUGACCUUCUGAAUCUGGCAGGGUUUGUUCUGCCCAACACAGAGGACAUCAGUUCCACCUCCUGUACCUCUAGCAGCUUCCCCGAGGGCUUAUCCAGCUGCCCCACAUGUCCAUCAACUUCAGAAUAUCUUAUUGCACAAAAGAUGAAGAAAGCUUAUUACCUGGCUCAGAAGGUUCCGGACCAGAAGAUCUAUGAAUCUGUGUUGGAUAUUCUGACAUCAGAUGACAUUCGCGUUCUGGUUGAGAUGGAGGAUGAGUUUUCUCGUCGUGGUCAAUUUGAACGAAUUUUUCCUUCCCAUACCUCUUUCUGUUAUCUCCGCUUUUUUGAGCAGCAACGAUAUUUCAACAUUCUUGCCACCCAGUGGGAGCAGAAGUACCACAGUAACAGGGACAAAGCAAUAGAUCUCCUUCGGCAUUGGUGUUUUAAAGGCUUCCACAUGGGGGUUGUUGCUGGUUGUGCUCCACUGUGGUCGAAACCCACACCACUUCCAAGUGACCCAAAGAGGGAUGAGAUGCUCAGUGCCUCAAGCAAACCUGACAGUGGCAAGCAGGAGAAAACAUCUACAGAUGAGGACAGGGAGGAUACCAGCAAAGAACCUGACCCUUCCAUCUAG